CGCCGCGCCGUUUCCAACCUCCCAUUUCGUCCGUCACCCGACUCCAUCCACGCGGCCCCAACGCCAGCCACAGCACACGAGUCUCUCGAAGCCAUGGACUCGCGCGCCGUAGGCGACGGCGCAGGCGGGGGUCCCGACGCCUCCUCCCCGGCCGAUCCGCCGAGCCCCGAGCCCGAUCCGUCCGCGGGCUCGAUGGACGCGCGCCUCCCGGCGGACCUGCUUCGCGCCGUGCUUCAGAGGCUGCCGCCGAUUGACCUCGCGCGGUCCGCUUGCGUCUGCCGCGCGUGGCGCGCGGUCGCCUCCGACCGCGCCGUGGUCGAGGCCGCCUUCUGCGCGCCCUGGGGCGUGCGGCGCGUCGUCGGCGAGCCGGCGACGGGGGCCUUCUGGCGGACCGCCUGCCUCGGGAGAUUCGCGCUGUCGCACGCCGUCCGCCGCGGGGAUACCGUCCCCGGCGUCGCUCUCAAGUACUCCGUGCAGGUGACAGAUAUCAAACGAUUCAACAACAUGAUGAGUGAUCAUGGCAUCUACUCGAGGGAGAGGCUUCUGAUUCCGAUCAGCAACCCAGAAAUCCUUAUGGGCAGCACCUGCUACAUCGAGAUGGACCAUAACGCCAAGAGAGAGGUUGCAAUCUUUUACCCUGAGGGACGCCCAGGUGGCAAAACUGAAUCCGUGGCAAGCAUUGUUGCUGCAGAGAGGCGAAGCAAAAGGAUUCUCGAGUCGGUGAGGCGGAGCCUGCACGUCGACGAUGGGACUGCUGCGUACUACUUAUCUGUUACUGAAGGUGAUCCGAGGGCUGCCAUGAUGGAGUACUCCGAGGACCUGAGGUGGGAGCAGCAACGCGCAGGGGGGUAGAUUCAGAUUUCAGAUCAGUGGCAUAUGUUAAGACAUUGGUGCUCGAUGAUGGUUAUUGUUUGAUGUGUAUAUUGUACAAUCCGGAUUGUUGUAAGUAUAAGCACAAACUUUGGUUUAAAUGUAUGUAUGUAUGUAUUGUCAAAUGGCAUUGCCGUUGAGAACAAAAGUCGUACCGGAUGAUAAUUGUCUGGUGAAAGUAUUACAUGUCAUUUGUGAACCUGCUUUGUUUGUAAGUAAGAUAGUUUGUUAUUGCUAAAAUCCUCGGGGAAUUCUCGAUGAA